AUGGGGACCAACGCUUACUUCACCUACACGGUGGUAGGGUUUCAUGGAUCCGGAAGCUUAUCCUACCAAACUGCCUUAGCUGCUGUUUUUAUCGAAGGUUUUAUCUUUUUGAUCAUUUCCACGAUCGGUGUUCGAUCCAAACUGGCGAAACUAGUACCUAAACCGGUCCAAAUCUCAUCAUCGGUCGGAAUAGGGUUGUUUCUAGCUUUCAUUGGACUACAACACAACCAGGGUAUUGGGUUGAUAGGGUAUAGCCCAUCAACCCUAGUAACCCUAGGUGGAUGCCCAAGAACUUCUAGGGCAGCCCUAGCACCUGUGUUCACUAAUGGAACCAUCGUCCUGAUGCCUAAUGUUACAGCCUCAGGCGAGAUACUAUGCAUACACAAUCGAAUGGAAGACCCAACAUUAUGGCUAGGUAUUGUUGGGUUCGUGAUAAUCGCAUACUGUUUAGUGAAAAACGUCAAGGGCGCCAUGAUUUAUGGCAUAAUAUUUGUGACUGCGGUUUCAUGGUUUAGACACACGAGUGUGACUGAGUUUCCAGAUACUGAGUUAGGUAACUCGGCAUACGAGUACUUCGAAAAGAUUAUCGAUGUCCAUGUGUUUAGAGACAACAGCAGGUGCCAUAAGCUUCAAGGGUAUGAACUCAAAGGGCAUUCUGGGAAGCAUUGGUCACAUUUCUGUACAUCGACAUACUUGAUGCCACUGGCACGUUAUCUUCGAUGGCUAGAUUCGCAGGCAUGA